AGUUGGUUUGCCCUCGCCAUUGUUCUCGGUAGUAAUGCGUUGUGUGCCGCCGCCGUGUUGUGCCCCUCUACAGUGUGUGGGGGAGCGACAGUGUUCUCGCUAACUGUGUUCUUUCUUCUUCACUUUUAUAACGUGCCUGGUCAUAUUCAUGCAAGGAUAUCUGCAUUUGUGAAAAGUUCGUGGAAUAUAACGCAUUUCUUGCUUUAUUUCUGGAUGUACCCUUUCUGCUUUGGAUAAGUUGUGUGGAUUAUGUUCUUGUGAGUCAUAGGCUACCCUGUGUAUCGCCGGCCACUGUGGCUCCUGGUCUUGGCGGGAUUCUUCGUGUUCCGAAGGGCGGAUUUUCUUCAGGGACGAUGGGAAGGCAAUCUAGGAGAUUCGCUUUGUGUUUCAAUCGCUGAUCAACGAGAAUUUUCCCUACCAAGAGGUGGAUUUACGACGCGUUUGACUGAACUUGAAACAUUGCCAGUCCAGUCGAUUUUCUUCGUUUUACCAUUUGGAUUAUAAAGAGUUCAACAUGUAUCCUAAUCGACAUCCGGGACCUCCCCCGGGUCAACCAUUUAAAUUCACAGUGUCAGAAUCAUGUGACCGGAUCAAAGAAGAGUUUAGCUUUCUUCAGGCACAGUACCAUUCAUUGAAGAUGGAUGUUGAAAAAUUGGCUCAGGAAAAAACAGAAAUGCAGAGACACUAUGUUAUGGUAAGUGUUUUGUUUGUCAUUGUUGUUGUUUUUCUUUUACUUAGUUGGGAAAAUCUAUUCUUCCUUGGACUGAUAUUGAGCUUGUUUUAUUUUCUGCAGACGGAAAUAGCCAAAAGACUGAAUGCUAUCUGUGCCCAAGUGAUCCCUUUUUUAUCUCAAGAGCAUCAACAACAAGUGGCGGCGGCCGUGGAGAGGGCGAAGCAGGUCACCAUGCAGGAGCUCAAUGCUAUCAUUGGGCAACAGAUGCAGGCCCAGCACCUCCCACACGCCCACGCACCGCCCAUCCCGCUGACGCCACACCCAGCCGGCCUCCAGCCACCCAUCCCGCCCGUGUCCAGCGGCUCCUCCGGCUUCCUGGGCUUCCAGCAGGGGGCGUUCCCGAUCCCGCACGGCGUCUCCUCCCUCAAGGGCGAGGACAAAGGUGAGUGAGGCGUCCACUGACUGCUUUAGAACCUAGAUCUAUCUGUUGUUCCUGCUUUGUCUCAUUAUAUUAUGACCUUAAUGUGUUACAAGUGCCGUAAAACACUUACGAAAACUGCUUUGUCUCUUGUUUACGUUUCCUUCUGUAUGAGUGGUUAUAUAUUAUACUAGCCUGAUUAUAUAUGUAUAUUUCAAGUAGUGUGGUCUGUUUCUUUUUUCCGAUCAAACAUCUAUCGUCUUAAUCUCCCCUCCUUCUUUUUUGUGUUUGUUGCUCUCUUAUAACACCUCUAAUCUUCGGCACUUAUAUGACGUUUGAUAGGAAAGAAAGAGCAAACUGACGCGUGUGCUACGUCCAUAAUGAGGUGCGAAGAAUGAGUAAA